AUGGGUUCCGGAGACCUGAAUAUGAAAAAGAGCUGGCAUCCCCAACGAUCGGGGAACGUCGCCGCCACCCAAAAGGCCGAAGCCGAAGCGAUCGCCGAGCGUAAGAAACUGCAACAGCGACUACAAGAAAUCGAAGAAGAGCGGCGCAAAGAAGAAAUUCAGAAAGCGCUCGAAGCCGCCGGCGGCAAGCGCAAGAUCGACCGCGUCGAAUGGAUGUACAGCGGCCCGACCGACGGACAGGCUGGCGACUCUGCUGAAACCGAAGCCUACCUGCUCGGCAAGCGGCGAAUCGACAAGCUCCUCCAGGACAAUGAUGCCAAGAAGGCGCUUUCGAAACAAUCCCAGCAGGAUCUUCUGUCGGCGGCCGGCCCGGCGCCGGUGGUGACUAAUGCGCGCGACGUGGCGACCAAGAUUCGCGAAGACCCCCUGCUUGCGAUCAAGAGGCAGGAGCAACAGGCGUAUGAGGCGAUGAUGAACGACCCCAUCAAGCGCCGACAACUGCUGGCGUCUAUGGGAAUCGAUGACUCGCAGAUCGCCGCUAAGGGAGGCAAAGAGCAAAGACGACACAAACACCGCUCUCAUCACCACCGCUCGGAUCGGCAUAGGGAUCGUGACGAUGACCGCGACCGCGACAGCGCCAGAGACAGAGACAGAGAUAGACAAUCCCGCCGUCGCAGGUCUGACUCUCGAGAUCGAUCCCGGAGCAGGAGCCCACGGAGGCGCAGCGAUUCCGAGGAAGACCGAAGCAAGCAGCGCAGACGAGACUCGCCCGACCGGACAAGGAGGCGAGACCGGGAUCAAAGCAGAAGCCGGGGAAAUAGAGAUAGGGACGAUGACAGGUCGCGGAGACAUCGAUUCCCCCAAGGCCGCUCUCGCUCCAGGUCAGGGUCACCUGGCGGCCGCUCCUCACGAAGAAGGGAGUAUUCCCGAGAGCGUGAGAGUGGCGGACCAUCGUCGCGUAGGGACGACCGCAACAGCCGUGAUCAAAACCGACCACGCAGGGAUCAUGCAAAGGAAGAUGAGCAGCCAAAAUAUGACGGUGGGCUUAAUAAAGGUGGCAGGCGGCAGCAGCAGCCAGACGGGGACCACAAAAAUGCGGAGGAAGAGCGUGCUAAGAAGCUGGCUGCCAUGCAAGCGGCUGCCACCGAUCUGGACAAAGCUCGCGAGGAGCGGCUCAAGGCCCUUGCGGAAGCAGAGCGGGCGGAGAGAGAGGCGGAUGAGAAGGCGCGCCAGCAGAAUAAGAAGUAUCGUGGGGGUGAUGCUGGGUUCAUGAGCGGCCUGCACAGUAGGGCGGCGGACAUGAAGAUUGCAGACCGCAUGAAUGGUAGAGUCUGAUUGCGAGGGAAUGGUUUUGUUCUGGUUUAUACUUGAUGAUUAGAUACCCGGUUAGAAUGGAUACAUAAGCGUCGGAUGGUUAGACAAUGACACUGGUAUUGCAAACGCGA